CGCCGCAUCAUUUGGUUGGCCGUCUGCGCUUCUGAGCCAGUACCCCUCACGCUCUAAGCUCCCCUGUUUCAGCCACACAGGCCGCGAGGGAGGUGGAGAGAACACAGCUCUAGCUGCACCAGCGCUGAUUAGGUGCCCGGUCGAGCGAGAGAGAGAGAGAGAGAGAGAGAGAGAGAGAGAGAGAGAGAGAGCGAGCGAGCGAGCGAGAGAGAGCAACCUCAGCUAAGCGCACCGCUCUGCUCCCCACGGAAUGACUCGGAGCUAACUUUCCUUUUUAAACUUUACAUGUUGCGAUUUAGACGGCUAAACUUUAAAUGCUAAUAAGUAAUAUUGAUUAUUGGCAAAGGCAGGCUUUUUUCGUGGUUGAUUUAGAAACUUUACUGUAGUUUUUCAGCCGUUGUUUUGCAGUCGCUCAUCAAACCGUAGAGCACAGGUGACGAUGGCGAGGGAACCGGUGCUGGGGACGUUGUUCCCGGCUGGCGACAGCCACACGAGGGCUGUUAUGAACCUGUUUCUGCUCCUACCACUAAUAUGCUGUGUAUCAGCACAGGAGCUCCCGACUAAUGGUGUGAACGGUUACAGCUUACACCCUCCAUACUUCAACUUGGCUGAAGGCACAAAAAUCACCGCCACCGCAACCUGCGGGGAGGACAACACAAGGACGAUACAGGACUUGUACUGCAAACUGGUUGGGGGGCCCGUUUUCGGAGAACCGAGUCAAACCAUCCAGGGCCAGUACUGUGACAUAUGUGCCAUGGGGGACAGUGACCGCGCCCACCCCAUCACCAACGCCAUAGACGGGACAGAGCGCUGGUGGCAGAGCCCGCCCCUCUCCCGGAGCACCGAGUACAACGAGGUCAACGUCACCCUGGACCUGGGACAGUGUCACCAAGAAUGCCAGACGCACGGAGAACACAAAGUAGAGCAGGGUCUUUCAAAAGGAUAG